CACCUCACUUUCCCUUCUUCACGAAGCCAUGUCUUCUCCUACCCCACGCCUUUUCUUUCUCUCCCAAAAAAUAGCAUCACACAAGCUAGGGUUGCCGCCGCCGCCGCUGCCGCGCGCAUCCCAGCUCCUCCAGCGCCCGCCACCGGAGAAGGCGCCCUCCUCUCCCUCGGCGGUUGCCACUCUGGCUGCGGUGGCGCAGGCACAUGGACCGGGCCCGGCUCCAGCCGCGGCAACGCAAGGGGAGAAAGCGAACCCACGCCGAACGGGGUGCUGAUGGUCGACCUGCUGGGGGCGCCGGGAACGCGCUGGGGGCGUGGGACCUGCCUCACACAGGCGCUGCUCGCAGCAGCUGCCAUGGCCUCCACCGUCCGGGGCUAUGGAUGUACGAUGUGGACAAAUACAUUGUCUGGCUGGAGGUGGAUUCUGAAGCAGCACUGCUACUUCAAGGAUGAGUCUGUGGCAUUUGCCCACAGUUCAGAUGGAUCUGCCAUAAGCAAAUACUUUGCAUGUGCCUCCAAAGUUCUCUUGCUUGCCGCUUCUGUUGCAUCCUUCUGGCAACUUGACAGUAAACUGUUGGAGCUGGAAUUCAAAAUUUCAUGUGCUUUGGUUAGAUGAUGAUUACAACGUGGCCAGGCCUUGAUGAUUUUUUAGGUUUUGUAACAGGAAGUCGUCUCUAAAAAGUAAAAAUUGUAUCAUGCUUGCUGAUCAAAUGAUCAAUCAUGUUGAGUUCGUGCAUUCCAUUGAUCUAACACGAUGAGAAUAUAGAGAUAUGUUGACACACCAGCACAUUCCGUUGUCAUACAG